ACCGUCUCGUACAGCCAAGUCCCGCGUCCGUCUCCCGUCCGUUAUCACCAGAGAUACCAGGAUCCAUAGAUUCAUUGGCUCGAAGCCAGGCUCGGAGGGCAUGGAGUUUCCGGCUAGAUUUCCUUCCUGGUCACCCAACAUAUUCCGAUUUAAUGAUAUUGGUGUAUUCAAUCUUCAUGCGCAAUGGCCGCCUGGCCCUGAAUGUUUGUUGCUGUUACUCUCCUUUUUUGGCGGGCCAGAGUCAAACAGGACGUGACAAUGAUCUGCAAAAAAGGGGUGCUUUUGGCUCAUUGAGAAUCUGUCAUCAAACAUGCCAUCACUUACCACUCUCCAGCUGCUUCAAUCCACGUCAGACCGUUAGAAGUCGGGGCUGUUUGAUGGUGGGUGGAGUUAGAAGCAGCCAUCAAGAGGAUUCGAGCGAGAGGGAACAAGGGCCACAAGGCUCUCAGCUGGACAAUGACAGUAGGCUUGGCUCAUGACCUUGUUACGGAUUUUCUUCUUCUGCACGUUUCCUCCUCAAUCCAAUCAUCUGAAACCCAUCAAAGGCAUCAACACCAGUCCCUUUCAACAGAGCAACCACGCCGACUAUCAGUUAUUCACCACCACACAGCGACCCAACUGCUUGUUGAGUCGAGGGUGCUUCGAAGUCCGCUGCGCCGUCCUAGCAAAUGGAAGAU